UCCGAUCCAUCUGUAUUUUUAAUAGUAUAUGGUAAAAGCGAAAAUCCAUCCAUCCGUGGAUAUCUCCAUUCCGAUCUGAAUUAAAAUGAGGCCAGCGGAUACAUUUGACGUUUUAACACUUACCAUUGUACAAUCGCUUUAAGGAAUUUCUAAACAUAAUACAGAUGUUGAAAACGUACAUGUAUACAUGACAUUAACAUUGUGUUGAAAUGAUUGCUCAUUUGUAGUUUUGACAAAGGAUUAACGCGGAAUUAUCCAUUUGGCAUUUACUCUCAUGUCACCAGUUUAACAAGUAGAGCGCAAAAUGUCAUGUAUUAAGAAUGCAGGGAUAGUGUGUACAUAUUAAAAAAAAUAAAAUUCUGUAAAAGUAUUUGUUGAUUUUUUGUUAAGAUUUUUACGAGUUAGAAGGAGUUUUACCCGGGAGUGUGCGUGCUUAUGAAUUAUUCUUAAUAUUCAUAUCAGUGGAAAUUUAAUCAGAAAGGCGUUUUUUUAUUCAAAAAUACGUGAAUAUCAAGGACUAUAGUGGCGAAAAUAUAGGAAUUUACAGAUUCAGCCAUGUUGUUGUCAGCAGCGGUUGUGGUAUUUAUUACGAUACAGUCAUCGACAGUUGGUGCUGAGACAAACACAGAGGCCGAAUCUACACUGACCUUUCUGAACAGCUUCCCUUAUAACAGUGUUUACCGAUACCAAGCAAGGUGCACGUUGCCAUGCAGCGGGUCCCACAGACCAGGAGAGUUCAAGGUCACAAUAUCAUUGGAUAAAAUUUGCUCCAACUUUGAGUCUUUUGGAAACUUCAAGCCCGCACAGACUUCACAGAGUGCUGUGUGGUACCUCAACAACACUAACUGGAUCAACAGUAACACGCAGGGCCAGUGCCAGUUUGAUGUACAGUUUGACUACUCACCUCAAAAACCCGUUCCAACCGGCACGUGCAAAUUGGGCUGGGAAUCACCAAACACCUGCCUGAUCGACGACGUUGUGGGAACAGUUAUGUAUGGAUGGAUGACGUGUUUUAACGUGGCGGCGCUUCAACUUGGUGAAUGCUACAACCAGACGUUAUUUUCCCAGUGUUGUAACUCGUGUAACGACCACAGACUCACUCUUGACAACUGUCCAUUUGGCGACCUACGCCCAUGGGAAUGUACAAGUCUACGAGAUGACAACUGUUACGAUAGCAGUAUUGAACAGAAUUGUUGUAAUUCUUGCAACGAAAGAGCCCAAAACAGAGACACAGAAAUAGAUGGAUGUACAUACGGGGACAAAGAUCCGUAUUUCUGUUCAACUAUCACCGAGGAGCAAUGCUACCGGCACGAAAGCACGUGCUGUGAUACGUGUUAUUGGAUGUCUGAUACGAACACACCAGAUUGUCUCUAUGGUAACAAGAAACCAGACCUCUGUGACACUAUAGCAACGUAUCAAUGUUACAACAAGACGGUGCAAAAUGACUGCUGUAGACUGUGUAACGAACUAAGAAAUGACAACGAUCCAGAUUGCUUAUAUGGAGAUAGACAGCCGAUGUGUAAUUCUAUAGAGAGAAAUGACUGUUACAGAACCGCUACACUUGAGACAUGUUGUGAAACCUGCGUACAGUCAGCUGACAAUAACUAUCCUGACUGCGCAUACGGCGACCGUCGAGAAUGUUCAGAUAUCACCAUCGACGACUGUUCUAUUACGACAGGCAGUAUACAGACUGACUGCUGUCAAACAUGUAGAUUCCUGCAGGAAAAUAAUUGUGUUGCGCACAGCUGGAACGAAGAACAGGGUAAAUGUUACAACAUUGAAUCACGUGAGUGUUAUAAUGAAUACACGAGAAGUCAGUGCUGUUUCACGUGCAACGAUUAUUACGCAGGAAAUACGCAUCUAGGUGAAAAUUGCAAAUAUGGUGAUCGGACGCCAAACCAAUGCAUCAAGAUCGACAACGGUACAGAGUGUUAUGCAAAUGCUAUCGAAAAGGAAUGUUGUGAAACAUGUUCUUACUAUGAAAUAAGCAGUUUACCGACACACUGUCGUUAUGGGGACAAGGAGGACUAUUGUCGGCAGAUUCCGCCCUAUGAGUGUUAUGAUACUGGCGUACUUGACGUCUGUUGUGAAACAUGCCCGUCCUAUGAUCAAUCAGACACACUAGGAUCAGCUUGUCGCUAUGGUGAUAGACGAGAUGAUUGCUAUGAAAGAGGGAGCCAUAAAUGUUACAACCCAGACGACAGACGUGAAUGUUGCAGAUUCUGUCAGAAUGUAGAAAAUAAGGACAAUGUCGGAUGCGAGUUCGGAGAUAAAGAAAAGAGUUGUUCAAACAUUGUCGCAAAAGAUUGUUAUACCAGAGAAAACACGUGCUGUGAAACAUGUCCAACUAAAGUCUCCAUUUAUAAUAUCGAAAAUUGUGAAUACGGAGACAGGGCCAACUGUUCUGGUAUCUCAGACAAUGCUUGCUAUGACAGCAACACGGCCUUUAAAUGUUGUGAAACCUGCUGGUUGCGUAGCAACGGAAAUACUGGUGAUUGUGCAUUUGGUGAUCUGUCUAGCAAUUGCGGUGCUAUAAACCAAUGGGACUGUUAUUUCCGUGAAAAUGAAUGUUGUGAGACGUGUGGAAAUCUUCAGAGUCCUGUGUCGGACUUGACAUAUUGCAAAUAUGGGGAUCGUAAUGGCGGAUGUGGAAAUAUAACAGCUGAUCAGUGCUACAAUCAAAACACUCUGUACCAAUGUUGUGAGACCUGUUACUAUAAAAGGAGGACGGACCUCCCAGACACGUGUCUGUAUGGAGACAAGACACGCUCAUGCCAGUCAACAAAAUUUCACAGUUCAGAAUGUUACGAUGGUAACAGGAGAGAUCAAUGUUGUGAAACCUGCCGGGAUCUGCAAACUUCGGACCAAAACUGCGAGUAUGAAGAUAAAAAUAUACAAUGUAAGGAUGUAGGAAUGGUGCCACACUUUUGUUACAACAUAACUGUUGAAAACGCGUGCUGCUAUUCCUGUCCACAACUCUCAGACCCGACUCAUCCAGGUUGUGAGUAUGGUGACACGUACCAGUACUGUGAUGUAACACGCUGCGGGGAUUACCCUCCAUUCAGGCAUCAAGAGUGUUGUAAUACAUGCUGGGAUUACGAUGGUCACUCCACCGGCUCAACAACAUUGUCCUACUCUACACCGUCAUCAUCACCAUCAUCGUCGUCAUCAACGACAGAAAGUAGUGUGCCAGGCGAAGAAGAAGAACGUUCCAGUAGUAACACUUUGCCAAUAGUGGGUGGGGUAAUUGGUGGUGUUUUGGUCAUUGCUGUCAUUAUCAUAGCUGCGUGUUUCGUCAUGAGGAGAAACAAAAAUAAAGAAAAACAGGGGAAUAAAUUCUCAAAUUUAACGGACAUAAAUGCUCAACCCCAUAACAGAAAUGCCCCUUCAAACUUGAACGGUUUUCAGAGGAACCCCGCUUUGGGUAACCCUGGUUACAACUCGCGUGUCAAGGGCAAUAUGCCACCACAGAACAGGCCUCCACCGAAGAGCCAGGAUUCCAAGCAAGAUGAGGAGGUCUAUGAUUACAUUGAUGACAGUGACGUCAGGUCGAUGCCAAGUAUAAAGAGGCCAUCAGUUCCAGAAAGGACAGAAGCGGAUGGUGCUACCGCAAACAUGGAACCUACGCCGAAUGGGAAAGCGGAAUAUUUCAACCCUACAUUCCAAAAUGAUUCUACCAAAGACUACCAUACUUAUCACGUUUUACAAAAAGAUGCAGACGUAGAACGGGAAUAUAUGAAGCUGUGAUAAUAUAUGUACAUACAGAAUGUUUCAUUUUAUACGAUAGAAUUAUAUAAAUGUAAAAUGUACGCGGAAUCUAUGGACAGUUUUUGAGAGACAAAUAUAACACGGAGAAACUGGAAGAAUGUUUACCAGAAAGGAACCUGGUUACUGUGAACGCUGUAACUCGAGUGAAAAUUCAAAAUAAAUAUUAUGUACAUUCGGCAUUAUGCGGAACCUCAGCUUAAAUGUUUGUGAUUACCGGCUCUGGAUGGAUAUCCUGGUAAUUUAUUAGUCAUUAAACAGCUACAAGUGUCAACAAGUGAUGCUGGCCAGAAACCUAUCUAGACUGCCAUUUUUGCAAUUAUACCCGUCUUGGCAUUAUUUUAUGAAUGUAUCUCGACUCUUUUUUUAUACUGGUGCUGUGCAUAAACGUCGUUUUAUCCGAAAUGUUCAGGCAAUAUGAUUGUACAGCCUGGAUUGAUGGAAUGUGAAGAAUUGUUAUUUCUUUUGAAGUUGAUACACGUGCUAUUGUGGUGACAAUUAAAACUAAUUGGGCCUAAAUAGAUUUACAUAUAUUUGUUUAGUAUGGUAUAUUUUUUGCAUUAUCUUAUACAUUUAAAUUGGGGUUUUUAUACUGGUUAACUUACAUUCAUGUAGAAAUCCAAAACAAACCAAGUUGUGAAUUUGUUUGUAGAAAUCCAUUUUUAUGCUAUGUAUACACAUAAUAUUUUUGUAUGUGUCAGCAAUAUAGUAGAACUACGUGUACUUGUGUGUGCUUGUUUUACAAAGCUAUGUGCAUUAUGUUGAACAGUGUAAGUUUAUGUUAAAGAAAUUUAUGGGUUUUUUUUAUAUUCAGUGAUAACGUACAUUUUUGCAAAAACUAUUUUUAUCAUAGGAAAGGCUUUAAGUUUAAUUGACGGUCCAUUCGCCCUUUCGGACACAAUGAAGCAUAAAAAUGCCAUAUAAAGUAGAAAGGCGGAUAUUUGUAUCAUUUAAAUAGCACUAAAAAGGAAAAAAAUGUACCUUAUGCUUUACUUUUUGUUUAGUUUAUUUAUUUUUCAAAUUCCUGUUCAGUUUGUCUAUCAUGUAUCAUCGUUUAGUACACUUUAAUGUCAUUUUACCGUAGUCGUUUAAGACAAAAAGUAGACUUGGAGUUUUGACCAAUUGAUACAGCAAGGUACGUGAUGUCUAUGAUUUUGUUUUUACUUAUUCUGUUACAAAAUAUGUAACAGUUGUUCAGUUGUAUUAAUUUUGUGGUUUGUUUUUAGCACUCUUACUUAACAUUUAAAGUUAUUUACUUCUUGAAUUUAUUUUAAAAAAUCUUAGUGUUUUCAAAUUCCUGAAAAUGCAGUCAAACAGAUCUGCUUAUUGUCUGUAAGUAUUGUCUAAUAACGUAAUUCUAAUUCUGUUUUUUACAGAAAACCUUUUAAAAGUCGAUUUGCUGGUCAAAUUGUAACAAAUACUCAAUAUCUUAUAUACAUAUAGGUAUUUAUUUUAUUAUACCAUGUCUAUUACAUGAUAUUUUUACUGAACCUGAAAUGAACGAAUUUUUUGCGUGUGCUAUAGCACGUCAGUAAUUCAUUUUACUGGCAAUUUUGGGCAAUAGACUAGUAGUAGUAGUAGUAGUACACUAAUAGCGGCAAAUUUGGACGAUUUUUCUUACUUUUAUUCUACUUUUGUCACCAAAACUAAACGUACACUAGAAAUUCACUAUCUGGUAUUCAGUUGCAUAGUAAUAUAACAAUAACCUUUGAUACGAAAAUUUUUAAGUUAACGUUUAAAUCAUGAUUGGAAAGAUGUGAGAAAAUGCCCGCGGGAAUCUCCCACGGGAGAAAAGAUAUGUGGUGAACACUGAUUUUGUUUUAUCAUUCGGACGUAAAGUAUUUCGAAAGAGAUAAGUGCCUCAUUUUUGGCCUCGAUGUAAUUGCAGGCCAACCAAUUACUACUAGAUUUGAAGAAAAAACAUGCGAUAGAAGUUGUUUCCCUUUAUUUGCAUAUUUUAUACUGCUGUUGUGUAAUACUUUGUACACAUGUCAUAGAAUUUAACCUGUUUUAUCUGCUGCAGCAUAAUUUAAGGCAUUAAAUGGUUUUACUUGACAAGCCUAUAUUUUUGUUUACAUGUUAAAAUGUACAAUAUGUAUGUGUUCAUUUUGUAAAUAAAACAUUUUAAUUUUGUCGUA